AUGUCUAAGCAUGAGUAUAGGCGUUUGUUGCUUGACAUCAACAAGAAAAUAAAUGCGAAUGAACUUAAAGAUAUGGGCUACUUGUGCAGCGACGACUUGCCAAAGGGCACCAAGUGGGACAGUUUUGACAAUGCACUCGCGUUGUUUGACGUACUUGAAAGGACGAAUCGUCUAGGAAUUGACAACACUCAAAUUCUGAGAGGAAUGUUGGAAAAUUUACCGAAGAAACAGCAGUUGGUCAACAAGGUGAAGGACUUUGAAAAUAAAAGGAAAGGUAGGUAGUGGUUAGAUUUAUACGCAGUAAGUAGUUCAGUAUUCAAGGCGGAAGUUAUCCAAGAACGUCUUGUUCUAAUGGUUCAACGGUACAGGAAAGAGCAGAAUAUGGCCGGACUUUUCUUUUCUUUUUUUUUGUUUCCUCCACCCAGCAAUAAGGCCCGUUUCAAACGUCGUGCUAUUGCCGUGCCGAACUCAAUUGAUCUAAUUAAAUUCGACUUUAGCACGGCAGUAGCGCGACGUUUGAAACCAAGUCGUGCUUAUUAAAUGCCGUGUAGCAUGGCAAGCCUUGUCGUCUGAAAUCAAGUCAUGCUAGUGUCUUGCUGCAGUCGAGCUACAGUCGAGUCAGCUUAGCACGGCAGUAGCAGGCCGUUUGAAACAGGCCUAAAAUAGCUUUACCUGAAAGACAGGUGAAUUUAAUUUACUACGUUAUGCCCGUCACUGUUAUAUCAUUGUAAGAUUUCUGUGGAAAUAUUAUGCAAAUUUAGUCUUUAUAUUGUGCGGCCCAGGUCGUCGUGAGUUUGGCACUGGAUGCAUUUAUACCGGCCGUACAAAUCUAAAGUGUAAUAUCAUAUCAGGUUUUUCGACCACGUCUUAACUGCGCCCGUUUAAGUGAACUAGCUUUACAUUUGUCGUUGAUUUCAAUUGAUGCUAUAAACUCUACUAAUUUCAGCCCAAUCAUUCGGUAUCAUUUCUUCAUUGAAGCGUGCUGCAGGAGCCUUAAGUGGAGGUAGGUCAGACAAGGUUGUUUAUGUAAAUGUACCUACUAUAUUUGAACUCGCUUAUAGUAACUGCCGCUAGAGCUUUGUCGUUCUGUAGUUGAAAAAUGGCUCCCGUAUGACCACGGGAACGUAAAGGCCCAUUAUUAUCAGAUUUUUGAAAGACCACGAACUAUGCCUCGGUAUGUUUUUCAAUGUAAGAUUCCAUACUUAUACGGAUCCGGCCAAAUUUUUGAACGGACAAAAACUUGCACUGACUCGCCUUUCGUUUACACAGGAUCCGCCAAUUCAUGCAAGUUUUGGAAAGGUAAACAGUAUUGCAGUCUGUAACAGAAUUUGCAUGGUUCUGUGUUAAUGGGUUGCUCAGGUAGAAAAAUUCACUGAAAAAUUUGCCCGGAACCCGUAUAAACGGGGUCUAAGAGGGUGUCCCGAUCAGGAUUUGUGCGUCAAAUUACUUCGGAGGAUCCUCUAAAUCGCAGCGCAAUGCUGUAUGUAACGUGGAGCACAAUUCUAAAAGCGUCUUUUGCUAUUUUGUAAUUGCAGUAAACAGUAACCAGAGUGCAAAAUGUAAUAGAAAAGAUCUUUAUGCUAUCCUUAGUUAUUGAAGCCUUCAAAAAGUCGGUUAUGUUCCUCUGCACACCUUUCGGAAAUCGUCUGAUCGUUGUUUGGUAUUCAAUGACUAGGCUUUAUAUCAUCUUACAUAUAGCUCACCAACCAGACUAGACAGGAUUCACCCUGUCCAAAUUCACCUGAUCGGGAUUCGGGAUUCACCUGAUAACCGCAGUGUCCGUGAUAAAGAGGUUAAGUUGAUAUGAAUUUUCUCUGGGGGCGAGAUUUUUGUGUCCGUUGUCCGUGUGAGAGAGAGUGCGUAUUAGGGAGAGUCCGUAUUAUAGAGAGACUGUCCGAAAUAGAGAGGUGUCCGUACCGAGAGGUUCGACUGUAACUACAUUCCGGUUGUUUAUUAAUGAGAACAGUGCAGUGAAUGCAAUGUACGGUGUAUUUGUUAUUACGCCCCUUAAGUCACGAAGAAGAUUUGAGCCUGCCCCGGUAAUACGGCCAAUUUUUCAGUUUUGGCCCAUUAGUGACCGUAUUAACGGGGUUCCACUGUACAAAGAAUAAAGAGUUGUUGUUGUCGUUCUUAAAGGAGCUAUGUCACGAGGAUAAUGCUGUUUUAGGUCAAUUCUGUGCGGAAGUCAUUUCAUUGUGCCUUUACCCAUACACAAAAUGAUCCUGUAGAGUUCUCAAGAAGUUAUCAAUCAAAUUUCAGCAGGGAACAAUAACCAUUAUAAUUUUUUUUGGUGAUUUCCGCACGUGUAGCAUUUUCACUUAAUUGAAAACAUUGGCCCAACUUUUCAAUCCAUGUCCAUCCUUGCCAUCCGUGGUAACAAACUAUAGGUGAACAGUUUCAAUGCCCAAAUAUAAUCUAAAAAACAGGACCAUUAUUUUUGGAAUUCAAUUGAAACUCAAUUCAAUUGUUUCUUGGCUGUUGUUUUUACAGCGGUUAGGAUGGUAUGUAAUUUCCGCACGCUUGCUGGUGGUGUAAUAUUGGUUGGCAGUGGCCUGGCUUUGCGAAGUUGCUCCAGUUUUGAAGAAUACAGUGAUGUCUUCAACAAGGUUGUUUUGCCUGCCUUUACCAAGCUUGUUGAGCUGAGUGAAAGCUCUCUCUGCUUUACAGUGCUAGCAAAAACCCCGUCAGCUUUAAAAGAGUUAUGGGACAUUUACAACAACCAGACAUUGAAGAAUCGUCUUCAAAAUUUCCUUCUAACCGAAGAAAUCAAACAACUGGCAAGUGGGGAAGAAAUGGAGGUGACAGUUUAUAUCGAUGAAAAGGAGUAUAGAGAAGCUUAUCUUGAUCUCAUGUUCCAAAAAAAUCAAGGUAAGUGAGAAUAACUUUUCUUGUAUCUUCACCAGUGAACGCACUGGGGGACUGGGGCUGGAGUUUCGGGCCUCUUUAUUUAUUGUUUAUUUUGGAUAUAAUAGUUUUAAAUCUGGCUGUUGCUUAAACCAGUCUAGUAUGAAUCCAGGUACGGCAUCAUUUGAUCUCACAGGCAACCUACACUGUAAAUAUACCAAAGGGUUGUUCAUGUCAUCUUGCGCAGUGACGUAUGUUACCAGUCAAGCAAAAAUUUUAGUGCGUCAGAAGAAAAUGUUGCUGUUCAGUAAUAAUAAUGAUAAUAAUGAGUCUUUAUUUCAUCAAAAGAUAAAACUACAUAUCUUGCGUUACAAUAAUACGGAAGAUAAAAAACUAUGAUAAAAAUAUCUACAUAUAUAUAUAUAUAUUAAAAAAGUAUGUCAUUACAAUAAAUGGAGCUUAAAAAUCAACAUUUACAAAGGAGUUCAUAAAACGCUGUGUAUUAAUUUUCGGGAGCGCGCAGCCUUUUGUCCUAAGAUUGUGUACAUAAGUCUUCUGGACAGGAAUGAUAUCUUUCAGGGGGUGGCAAUCCGUUGAUAUUAAUUUCUUUAAAAUGUUUCGGUCUUGUUUAUUUAAAAGAUCCUUGAUAGAAACCGGGAAUGAUAUAAAACGGCGUUUAUGGCAUCGGGUUAAAAAUUUUGUAUAACCGUGAGAUCGGACUCCGAUGCCCCAUAGACUGAAAACGCAUAGCUAAAAUUAGAUAAAACAAUAGAUAUAAAAAGGUAAUCUAUCUCUGCCUGAGAGUAGUGUUCUUUUCUUAGUGUUCGUAGGACGUGUAAACACUUGUUUGCUUUGACAAGCUUGGUUCUUACAUGCUCAUUAAAUUUCCCGUUACUCUGUAGAGUUACUCCUUGUAAAACGAAGCUGUUACAUUGAGGAAUAUUGUUAAUUGGAGAGUGGAGUACAUUGUGAUUUUUCUUUCUAACAACCAGCUCUUUACAUUUACAAGGGUUGCAGACCAUUUUAUUGUCUUUACACCAGGUUAAGAUCUGUCCUACUAAGUCGGCAGACGGGUCGCGGUCCCUAGUGAUAGGCGAAAGAAUAGUGGAAUCAUCGGCAUAUUUAAAAAGAACAGGGCAACCGUUAAAGAAAAUCUCCAAGUCAUUCAAAAAUAUAUUAAAAAGAUACGGUCCGCUUACGCUACCUUGCGUGUUGUCUUGCAUAGAUGAAACUGUGAUACCAAUUGAUAAUGUACGGAUGUAGGGGUAGCUGUUUCAGUUUGGCAGACAAAAAUAGUAUGGUUCACAAAAUCGAAGGCCUUACUGAAGUCCAUAGUAAAAAUUCGCACUGCGCUACAGUCAGCACCAGACAUACAAGCAUUUAGACAGUAGUGGAUAGCGAGCAAAGCAUUUGUGCAAUUACCCGCCUGUCUAUAAGCAAAUUGGGUGUGGCUCAGAUUGUUCUCAAUGACUGACUUUGCUUGCGUAUGAUACACGACCUUCUCAAACAACCGCGCAAUAACGGGAGUAACAUUGAUACCACGGUAGUUUGAGUCCUCUACAGGCAUGUAGUUGUUUGUAAUAUCAAUUUUUUCAUUCGAUGUGAAUUAAUUAGAUAUGUGGUUUUAUCUGUCUGUUUUUUUUUAGUUUUAGAAUUAAUAUGUGAAUAAAUGGUGAAUAAUAGAAGUUACAGAGACUAUAACAAUAUAAGGCACUAGUCAUUUUUUUCAUCGAUCCAUUGAAAUGGAAAUAUUUUUUCUGCUUUAGUGUAAAUUUGUUAAGGAUGUUGCAUCUCGUAAAAGAACCCUGAGUGGCAGUCUCCUAUACAGCCAUUAUAUUGGGUCGUCACAAAUAGCUCUUGCACAAAAUAUAACAGCUGCUGCGUAGAAGAUUGGAAGGAAAAGUCUUUGAGGACAAAAGGAAAGCCUAAGUUCAAACACUGAAAACGUUUUCCGUAGUCAAAUAUUUCAUGUCAGGUAUAUAAUCGGUUUCGUUCUUUCUUAUCCUUUUCGACAGCUGCUGAUAACAUAAACCAGGAAGGUGGCAGACGUCGACGGAACUCGGAUUCAUUUCUUUCUCUCAACCGAAAGGAGGAUGAAGUGACUUUGAUGCUACUGAACCAGGCAGAAAAUAAAUGGAAUUUCAAGAUGCAAAUUCUUGAAGUUGAGAUUGACAAACUAAAACCGGAGCUCGCGAUGUGUGGGGAAGAUGGUAAGAGUAUAAACAAGUGUAAGAGUAUAAACAAGUGUCAACCGCCGCCUGGUUAGCUCAGUUGGGAGAGCGCCGGUCUGCUGAGUGGGAGGUCGCGGGUUCAAACCCCGGCCGGACCAACACUUAAGGUCUUUAAAUAACUAAGAAGAGAGUGCUGCCUUUGUAAUGACAUCUGCAAAUGGUUAGACUUUCUAGUCUUCUCGGAUAAGGACGACGAACCGUAGGUCCCGUCUCACAGCACUUUCACUGAUUUGUUCUUGUGGGACGUAAAAGAACCCACAACACUGUUCGAAAAGAGUAGGGGACGUAGACCCCGGUGGUGUGGCCAACCUUUACGGGUUAUGAGAUUGGGUAGGGAUGGCACCUUGCAUGGGACCUAUGAGUCCCGUUCGUGCCUAUUCCCUCUGGGCAGGCCUGUGGCCAAAAAAGUUUGUAAAACUUAAAAAAAAAAAAAAAAAAAAACUUAUAAACUAAUGACGUAGAUAAAAGAUUCGCUCAAGUUCUGCAAACCCUAUCUCAGACUACCUUUUCCUGGUGUUAUUCUAAGUGAUGAGCAAAAUUCGUAUAAUAUUGUCCAUAUAGCUGGAUAGAUUACAUUCUUGAUAAAAACAUGUCACAUUCUUACGCCUACGAUGAAGUCUAUGUACGUUGUUAAGAGGCAUAACCGUAGCAGGUAUACUGCCAUAGUUCGAAUUUCUGUGCAACUCCUAAGCCUUAGUCCUGUUUGGUGUAUAUAUUAAAUCAAGUCUGUAAACAAACUAAUAAACGGUCUUAGUCAGUCUUGAGUGGACAGCAAAAGGGAAGUUUCUUCAACUAGAGUAACAAGAGUAACUAGAGUAUUCUAUCGUUUUGUCACAUAUUUAAGCCUCUAACAUGUAGACAUUGUCGGUAUGGCAAAGUUAAAAUAAAGCAGUACUUCUCUUAAAAUUGUAUAUUCAACAGAAAUUGCCAAAACCAUCAUAUAUAAAUAGAUAACAGAUUAACAGGUUAACGACCCCACCCACCAUAAAGUCAAAUCAACUUCAAAUGUUCCUCAAAAGAUGCAUGACUCGUACAUUAGUAGGAAAAACGUUAUUCUGUUUAUCUUCCAAACUACGUUACAACACACAACAUGAAAAUAAAUAGCAACUCAAUCACAAGGUCAGUAGAUGCUCUGACUUAUAUAUGGAAUAAACCAAUCAUGGGGACCACGUGCCUACCCCCUCGUCAACUACAUCAUCAUGUAUCUUCCGUCUAACUGUAGAUUUAUUUUAUUGCUAAAUAAAGAUAUAACUUUUUUUCACAGCUGGAGAGGAUGAAGACCUUCAGGGGCCUCAAAAUGGACAGUCUGAUUCAGAUUUUUAUUGUAAAGGAAGAAGUGAAGAAAUCAGAGAAAGCGAAGUUAAACAGGAACAAUCUCUAGGAGAAGAGAAAUAUUUUUUCAUUCAGAGAUAUCUUGAGCGGGUACACGACACAUACAGUGUUGGGACAUUCUCAGGUGAGAGCGGAUUCGUGACAGAAGGAACAGCAUCUGAAGCAGGACAUUUGGAAGACAGAGCUGGUAAAUAUUAAACAACUAUUGAAUUAUAUUCGUAUUUCGUGUAAUGUGAAGAAUUGUACAGAAGGAGGGGUAUAUUUUCAGCUUCAGCAGGUAGGAUGUCAACAUCAAUCGAAAUCAAGGUUUAUGGUAUUUUCGGCCCCCAAUCUUUAUUUCAACCUUUAGAUUUUAUUUCAAAAUUGCCGAGAAAAUGUUUACCAUGUAACACAUUUGUAGUGUUUAGACAUUUCGUUACUGUUAUAAUAGUUAUCGGUGCGCAAAGAAUCAUGGUUAUUUAACAUGGCGUUCUCGUUGGUGUGGAUUAAAGAACCGGUUGAGUUUAUAUGCACUUAUCUGUGUAUUAACAGGCCAACAUUACAUUUGGCGACGAGGAUGGUUUUCCAAGGGUUCAAAGAUUAAAUACGUGAAAUAAUUUUUAUCGAUAAGAAAAUCAUGUGCGCGACUGGAACACUCGAAAAACAAGGAGUAACUCAAGCGCACAAUCGUCCACCAACUCUGGCGGGGCGAGUUUAAACCAGAUCCUGGAGGUCCGUGGCCUCCCCUGCUUUGACCCGUUGUCUGUUCGAUGGAAACGGCGGAAACGUGCUUUUAACAUGUGUGUGGUCUCAAAGGGAAUGAUCAAGAAGGUAGCAUUGAGACUACAUUUAACGACUGCUUAGCAGCCCUGGAUAAUUAUUUUACGCCAAUAGUAAACGUUCCCUUUGAGCGACACUCAAGCUGUUUGCUUAUGGCCAAACCAAACCAAUUGAGGUUAGUGGAACUUUUGAAAGUGAAAUAAAUUGUGAAGAGUCUGGAGAAAAGUGCGUGGAUGAGUUUACUGUUGUUGAAGGUCGUGGCAAAGCUCUGCUGGGAAAGGAUACAGCUGAGGCGCUGAAUGUGUUGAGAGUUGGACCCCCCAAACUCCCCAAAAGCGUACGCAAUCACAAGCGAAGGAACUUCUGUGGACAUUGCUAAGAAUUUUGCUGAUGUAUUUUCUGCAGUGGAUAAAUUGAAGGAUUUCCAGCUUAGAUAGCAUUUGAACAAAGAUGUUUCUAUUGCACAGCCUGUCAGAAGAUUACACUUUGGUUUAAGAGACAAAGUUGACAAGAAACUAGAUGAAUUCCUUAAAGAAGACAUCAUCAAGGAAGUGCCUAGUGGUCCAACAGAGUGGGUCUCACCGCUGGUGGUAGUACCAAACCCUGACGGAGACAUACGUGCCUGUGUGGAUAUGAGAAGAGUCAGCGAGGCAAUCGAAAGAGAAAGGCACCUAUUCCCACAUUGAAAAAGUUCUAUAACUUAAAUGGGUCAACAGUGUUCAGUAAAUUAGAUUUGAAGUGCGGCUUCCACCAGGUGGAACUUAAAACUGAGUCACGUCUUAUUACAACCUUUAUUACACACCGUGGUCUUUAUCAAUACAAAAGAUUAAUGUUCGAAACUACCUCAGAUACUGAUAAAUAUCAGAAAAUUGUCAAAGAUGUGUUUAUUGGCUGUAAAGGAGUUGCAAAUAUUACUGACGACCUGAUCAUCCAUGGAUGUGGAAUCAAGGAACACGAUGAGAAUCUGCUAGUUGUUCUACGCCGUCUCAGAGAACGUGGAUUGACUCUAAAUGAAAAGAAGUGUCAGUUCAGACUUCCAAAAUUAAUAUUCUUUGGACAUGACUUGAGCAGUAAAGGAAUCGCUCCGAGUGAAGAGGUGUCUACAGUUCAAACUGCCAAGCCUCCACAGAGUACCGCAGAGGUCGGAUCUUUCUUGGGCCUUGUACAGUAUUGUGCCAAGUUCUUACCAAAUUUCGCCCAAGUUGCCGAACCACUUAGAAUGCUGACGAGAAAAGACCAACAGUUUAUGUGGGAAGAUGCCCAGCAGAAAUCCUUCCAGAAACUGAAAGAUUUGCUAACCCGAACAGAAACACUUGCUUAGUUCAAUAAUGAAUGCAGGACACGUAUUGUUGCUGAUGCUGGUCCCACAGGCAUAGGAGCUGUCCUCACUCAGCUACAAGAUGGCCUGUGGAGUGUAAUAUCCUAUGCAUCAAGAAAUCUCACUGAUGUGGAAACGAGAUAUUCCCGAACUACGGGCUUGUGAGAGAUUCAAGUUGUUUGUUUUUGGUUGAGAGUUCAAGCGGGAGACUGACCAUAAACCUUUAAAGUACAUUUACAUCAAGUCUUCUAAGCCGUCUGCGCAGAAAGAGGGAUGGGUCCAUCGCCUACAGGAUUACAACUUAAAAGUGGUCUACCGCCCUGGUAACACAAACAUCGCAGAUGCUCUUUCAAGACUAAAUUCUGUGGAUAAAAAAGAUCACAGUUGUGAGGACGCCGACUUUGUUAGGGUUAUUGUACAAGUAGUGACGCGUGGAAUGAGGAUUGUAAUUCCUCAAAGCCGCAGAAGUGAAGUAUUGCGUUUAGCACAUGAAGGCUAUCAGGGCAUUGUAAAGAUGAAAAAUCGGUUACGAAGCAAAGUUUGGUGGCCCAAAAUGGACCGUGACGCUGUUCAAGUUUGUAAAAGUUGCCAUGGAACUCAGGUGGUCAGAGAGAUUAUGUGCACCUGAGCUUAUACAGCGGGUAGAACCAUCCUCUGGGCCAUGGCACGAUGUAGCAAUCGAUCUCCUAGGUAAUUUUUCUUCUGGAGAGAACUUUCUUGUAGUAGUUGACUACUACAACCGUUUCUUUGAAGUGGUUAUCAUACAUUCAACCACUUUCCGGAAGAUGAUAGAAGCGUUAAUGCCGAUUUUUACACGGUAUGGAUACCCAUGCAGCCUUAAGUCUGACAGUGCACCGCAGUUUGUGUUAUAGGAAUUUGAAAACUUCCUGGCUACACAUGGCAUCCAGCACCGGAAACCUCCACCCCUUUGGCCUCAGGCUAAUGGCGAAGUAGAGUACGGUAUCUUAAAAUUUCAUGAUAUACUUAAUACAACUAGGUUUAUUCAUGUACUCCUAUCAAAACCAUACUCUACCUUUAAAAUAUUAAUGUAAAUUUACUUUACAAACUCAAAUUCAUUCGUAUAAUACAAGAAACUCUUGUAAAUUUCGUCUGCCAUUCUGUCGUACUCGAAUCGAACAAUUUUCGGUAUUUUAUCAAGCACCUAAAUUUUAUAACACCUUAAACACUAACAUCAUCAAGGCUUCCUCUCCUUUUUUCUUUAAAAGAGCACUUAAGGCAUUUAUUUGUAAUUAUUAGUAUACUCCAACCAAAAUCUUGGAAAAAAGCUGUUUAAUAUUCGACUUUUGUAAACUUUCUUGAUAUUGUUAUUUUAAUUUUCCAUCUGAUAAUAUUUUCUGUCCAUCACCGCAAUUUUUAUGCCAUCUUUGAAAAAUUGUAAUUGAGGAGGCCUAAUUACCAUAAGCUUUAUAGUUUUCUUUAGGCCUCCUCGCCAUUCCUUUCUACAUUUUUUUGUAUCUUUUUGUAAUUGUAAUCGUGUGGAAAAUAAAUAAAUACAAAUACAAAUACAGAACAGAACUUUGCUAAAAUCACUCAAGUUAGCUGAAGCUGGAGGGAAGAAAUGGAAAGAUGAAUUGGAUAAAUUCUUGCUGGCCUAUAGAACCACCCUUCCCAGUAGCACGGGGGCAACCCCAGCAUUUCUUAUGUUUGGAAGAGAAUUGAAGAAAAAGCUUCCAGAACUGAGUCCAAACAAAAGUGUUCUGGAUGAAAGCACGAGAGAUCGUUACUGGAAUCAAAAGCUAGCAGGCAAAAUCUAUGCUAACAAACAACGGCAUGCUGUCGACAACCCAAUUACACCUGAAGACAGGGUUCUUCUCAAGAACACCAAGCUAUCUGGAAAUUUAGUUGCUAGUUUUGAGCCCUAUCCUUACACUGUUCAGACAAAGGGAGGGCAAGAACUAACCUCGAAAACGACCGACGGUACAGUGCAGCGGAGAAACAGUUCAAUUUUUAAGCCAUUCAGAACUCCACAGCUGCCGGACAACUCUACAGGAACUGAAACCUCAGAGGAUCGAGUGAUCCCACGCUCAGUUGCUGACACCGCAACCACGAGUGAGCCAAAGAGUAGACCGUCCCGAACUGUAUGGAUGCCAGCUAAGUUUAAGGACUUCGUGGUUCGUUAGGUAUACAAUUUUGAAAGACAGUGCACUCUUAAUAAUAUGUUCUCGAUAAGUGAACAGUUUGAAAAAGACAAUACUGCAUUUAGACUGCGGUUUAUUCAGAGUUAAAUAGACAUUAGUUUUGUCUAAGGUUUUCCUUGUCAUUAGUUUGUUUCUUUUCACAAAGGAAGAGAAUGUAGUGUUUAGACAUUUCGUUACUGUUAUAUAGAGGCGCGCAAAGAAUUAUGGUUCUGUAAUAUGGAGUGCUCGUUGGUGUAGAUUAAAGAAACCUGUUGAGUUUAUCUGCACUUAUUUGUGUAUUAACAGGCCAUCAUUACAACAUUGUUUCAGCUUUUAACUACUGCGAAAACAUAUUCUGGGUUACUAUCAUUUGUAGCCAUCUUGUCCCUCAGCUGACAAGAGUUGCCUCAAAAAAUCACUGUACCCUUAUUAUUAAAAUCAGAAUCAAAGUUAAAGCAAGUCAGUCUUACUUCUUGUGAACGUCUUCUCGGCGUUUACUUGGCGUUACUUCCUCCGAAUCGUUGCGAUCCAUAUCAAAGUGACAAUCGUGAGACAAAUGAUUUAGAAACCCUUGUUGUUUAUAUUCAUGUCUUCCCCGUAAAUUAUAUUAUCACUAUCGCUAUUUCGAUUCUUUCUGUUGUUGUUAUAAAUCUAGUUGUUAUGUUAAAAUCUUUUAACUUUUUUUCUUUUUUAAUUAUAGAUUUUCCUUACUCACUGUUACACUUGAGUGAAGGCGUAAUUCUUAAGCUUCAAGAAAGAUUUUCAUGGGACCGAGAUGCUCUGAAACGUGUACUAGAAUCGUUUGGGAUCGACCUAACCCCUGAAAAUGAGAGAGCUGCUAGUGAUAUUUUUAGAUCGUUCCCAGACACCCCAGUGAAGAUGCUGAAAGACGUAUUUGAGGCAUUACAGCUUUAUGACCUCCUAGAAUUGCUAGAAAUUAAACCGAUGAAACCAUACAGAUCACUUCAGCUAGAAUACACAUUAGAUGAGAUUAAGAGACUAAAUCCAAUAACUUACCACAGUUGUGGAGCUGUUCUCAUCAUUACCAACGACGAAAAUGCCUCUAAUGCAUCAGAGAUAAAAAACUUCUUUACUGAUCUUGAUAAUAAGAGUGAUGUAACAGAAGUAAUACAGGACAUCAAGCCGUUGAAGCAUUUAGAAGCGGAAAUUGAUGCAAUGAAAGAUGAAAUUUUGGCAUUUGCAAAUUUAUUGGAGGGUGAAACACAGAGGCAAACUAGAAUGACUCAAAUUCUUUUCAGUUUACGACUGCUGAUAAACGCUUUAGGCAAGUUAAAGCUGAAGAUCCAACAAGAAGGAAGUCAAGAUCAGCCGGUUAUUAUCAGGUUAUGGCAAUUAAAGCAUGACAUCGACAUAAUGAGACUGGACCUGAAAAAAAGAUUUCCAAAUCCAUCGAAGGGUCAAACAUGGCUGAGGCAAACUGAUGAAUUCAAAAGUUUUUUACAAUCGAUGAUGGUUACUGUGGAGAGGAUCCAAGAAAAUCUUACACAGCUAAUCCAAAGAAGUCAUGAAUGGUUUGUCAAAGAAAAGGAAAAGGAGGAACAGAACUUUCGAGAGAACGUUUCAGCUGUUGUCAACAGAUGGAUUCAUCGUCAGGGUAAGUAUGAAUAG